CUUCAAGCAGCAAAUAGCAGUUCUGCAGAAAGCAUUAUAGUAGAAAAAAAGAAAAAAGGAGAAUUAGAUGAAAAGGCUCAGAGUGAUCAAGAGGAACCAAAAGAUUGCAAUGGUCGAGUUAUCCCACGUUUGGUGUUGGAAAGAUCAGCUACAGUACGUGAGUCAAAUCCAAGGGAAGAACAUGAGAAAUCUGAUCAAAACCAUUUGUAUGUGGAUGGUGUUGAGGGAAAGGGUUUGGAGAAGCGAGUAGGGAGUGCAGUCAGUGUGGUCUCCAGUACUCUUGAAGAACUGGAAGAGGCACACCAGAAGUGCCCACCAUGGUGGUAUAAAUUUGCCCACGCUGUGUUAAUAUGGAACUGUUGCCCGCUUUGGGUGAAGCUAAAACACAUUGUUAAGCUCAUUGUCAUGGACCCUUUUGUUGAUUUGGGGAUCACCAUCUGCAUCGUCCUCAAUACUGUCUUCAUGGCCAUGGAACACUACCCAAUGACCGAAGAGUUCAACAAUGUAUUGAAUGUGGGCAAUCUG